GCGCGUGCUCACCGUCACCCCAACGGCAGUGCGUCCAUCUCACCGGCUCAGCAGAAAGCAGACAGUCUGAGAAACACCAUAAAGUGAACAGUUGGACGCCUUGCAUCAUCAGCUCACCAUGAGGGAGAUCGUUCACAUCCAGGCCGGGCAGUGUGGGAAUCAGAUCGGAGCGAAGUUCUGGGAGGUGAUAAGUGAUGAGCAUGGCAUCGACCCCACCGGUAGUUACCAAGGUGACAGUGAUCUGCAGCUGGAGAGGAUAAAUGUCUACUACAAUGAGGCAUCAGGGAGUACAGGCAGUAAAUUUGUGCCCCGUGCCAUCCUGGUGGACCUGGAGCCAGGAACCAUGGAUUCAGUGCGCUCCGGCCCUUUCGGACAGCUCUUCAGACCUGACAACUUUGUCUUUGGUCAAAGUGGGGCAGGAAACAACUGGGCCAAAGGUCACUACACCGAAGGAGCAGAGCUGGUGGACUCGGUUCUGGAUGUCGUGAGAAAGGAGUCGGAGAACUGUGACUGCCUGCAGGGCUUUCAGCUCACUCACUCGCUGGGUGGAGGCACGGGAUCAGGGAUGGGCACGUUGCUCAUCAGCAAGAUUCGAGAGGAGUACCCUGACCGCAUCAUGAACACCUUCAGCGUCAUGCCCUCUCCGAAAGUCUCCGACACAGUGGUGGAGCCUUACAACGCCACCCUUUCUGUCCACCAGCUGGUGGAGAACACCGACGAGACCUUCAGCAUUGACAACGAGGCCCUGUACGAUAUCUGCUUCCGCACGCUGAAGCUCACCACGCCCACCUACGGUGACCUCAACCACCUGGUGUCAGCCACCAUGAGCGGGGUGACCACCUGCCUCCGCUUCCCCGGCCAGCUCAACGCUGACCUCCGCAAGCUGGCCGUCAACAUGGUGCCCUUCCCCCGCUUGCACUUCUUCAUGCCCGGCUUCGCGCCUCUCACCAGCCGGGGCAGCCAGCAGUACCGCGCCCUCUCCGUGCCCGAGCUCACGCAGCAAAUGUUCGACGCCAAGAACAUGAUGGCCGCCUGCGACCCCCGCCAUGGGCGCUACCUCACGGUGGCGGCCAUCUUCCGCGGCCGCAUGUCGAUGAAGGAGGUGGACGAGCAGAUGCUGAGCGUCCAGAACAAGAACAGCAGCUACUUCGUGGAGUGGAUCCCCAACAACGUCAAGACGGCGGUCUGCGACAUCCCACCGCGUGGCCUCAAGAUGUCCGCCACCUUCAUUGGGAACAGCACGGCCAUCCAAGAGCUGUUCCGGCGGAUCUCUGAGCAGUUCACCGCCAUGUUCCGCCGCAAAGCCUUCCUGCACUGGUACACGGGAGAGGGAAUGGAUGAGAUGGAGUUCACCGAGGCUGAGAGCAACAUGAAYGACCUGGUGUCCGAGUACCAGCAGUAUCAGGAUGCCACCGCGGAUGAAAUCGGCGAAUAUGAAGAAGAUGAAAUGGAAGAUGAAGAAGACGUUCGCCAUUGAUUAUGAAACCCUCCCAUGACUUUGAACUAGCUCGAGAACUAAUCGUGUUCCCAAAAAAACAAGCCGCGAGACCAUGUUGUGAAUAAAUAUAUCAACUAAGUUUUGCAGUGUGCACAUUGUGAUAUGAAAUAAAAUGUUCUUGUUUUGCCAAUAAUAAAAGUUGCACAUAGACAUUGCUUAAAGUGACAAAGCUAGUAAGUGGUGUUAGAACCUAAAAUAUGCAACUGCUUUUGUGAUAUAUUUUUCUCCAAAUCAUGCUUUGUUGGCAACAAGAGGGGGAAAAGUGCACAGUUGCUCUUAAGACAGUUACUUAUUAUUUGUAGCAUUUGCGUCAUGGCACAGCUUUGGUUUGUAAUCUCAAAUAAAAUCUAAAAACUAUGCUUCA